UUUGGUAGAAUAGAAAAUUUAAAAAAUCUCAUAACGGGGAGAGAGAAAAUCUCAAAAGAAAUGGUAAAAGCGAACGAGGAGGGAAAAAAAGCAGACGAAGAGAGAGAAAGUUGUCGUAAGAGAGAUAAAGACAGCAACACGCUUAGGGUUUGAUUGUUUUUGCGGAAUCAGCAGAGAAGAGAAGAGAAAUAGCAAAUCGAAAUGGACGAAGUGAAACGUCGGACGAUUAAGACGCUGGUGACGAAGCUGGGAUCGGUGUCGGAACAGACGAGAACGGAGGCCCUGUGCGAACUGCGUCUGAUCUCAAAGCACGACGCAGAGAGUCGACCCCUCAUCGCCGACGCAGGUGCGAUCCUUUAUCUGGCAGAAGCCCUCUACUCAACUUCCUCAAUCCCCCAAGAGAACGCCACCGCCACUCUCCUCAACCUCUCCAUCUCCAGCCGCGAGACCCUCAUGUCCACCCGUGGCCUCCUCGACGCCCUCUCCCACGUUCUCCGUAACCCAACCUCCUCCUCCUCCGCCGAGUCCGCCGCCGCCACCCUCUACAGCCUCCUCAUCGUCGACGACUACCGACCCAUCAUCGGAUCCAAGAGGGACAUCGUCUAUGCUCUUGUUGACAUCGUACGCAACCCUAAAUCCCUCCCUAGGUCCAUCAAGGACGCCCUCAAAGCCCUCUUUGGCAUCGCCCUCUACCCACUUAACCGCGCCACCAUCAUUGAAUUGGGUGCUGUUCCUCACCUCUUCUCAUUGGUCGUCAAGGACGGUCGAGUUGGUGUGGUCGAAGAUGCUACUGCUGUUAUUGCCCAAAUUGCCGGCUGCGAAGAGGCUAAGGAUGCCUUUCGAAAGGUUUCGGGUAUUGGGGUUUUGGUCGAUUUGUUGGAUCCCUCCACGGGUUCCAGUGGUAGGACAAAAGAGAAUUCAGUGUCGGCAUUGUUGAAUUUGGUGCAAUGUGGAGGGGAACAGGUUGCCAAUACUGUUCGUGAAACCGGUGUUGCCGUUGAUGGUGGAAUUGCUGAUGUUGCAAAGAAUGGGAGCUCCAAAGGGAAGAGCAAAGCCAUUGCACUGUUGAAGGUUCUUGAUGUUGGCUCCUCUGCCCUGCAGGAAAUGCGGUUUGAUUCUUUAUCAAAUCACUCUUCAUGAGCAUUUAGAGUUGGCUUUGUGAUUACCUUGAUCCAUCUAGUUAUAUUUUUGUUCUCUGAAUUUGAUGUGUUGUAUAUAUUAGGUUAUUGAAUUCUUUUGAUUUGGACAUAUAUUAUAAUCACAGUAUGUGUAACAUCGAGUUAAUUCUGUAUUUGAGGUUCUGAUUAAUAGUUUUCAUUAUUAUAAUUGUUUUCA